AUGCCUAAACGAAAAGCCAUUACGAGCCUUUCUGGAUUGGCUGGAUCUGACGACGAAGAUGUAAUGCAAACCGGUACAGAUCACGCUCAAAACCACGAUGAGCGCCCAACGAAGAGGACGCGAGGGAGACCUCGAUCGAAGUCAGCGGAAAUAAAACCAAUUGCUGAAACUGCGGCUCCGAAGCCCCAGGCGACGGAACCUGUUACGAGAAGAGGGACAAGGAGGGGCCGCCCAAAGGGAAGCAGAAAUUCUGGCCAGAUGGCGCAGGAUGCGACGGAAAACCAGGAAACAUCUGCGCGCGUUGACAACGAUGCCGUCCCACAAAAAGCGGCUGGCGAUGAUGAGACCGAAGCGCCUCAAAAUACUGCGCAGACGUCAAAAUCCACGAGAGCUACAAAAGGCGCACCUACUCGAGGUAGGAGGAAGGCUAGUGUGCAGAAAGAAGUCGAGACCGAUGGCGAAUUCCAGUAUACCCCAACGGGCGGGCGACAGCAAAAGGCCGUCGUGAAAACCGAGAAGCCUGAGAAAAAGCCCGAGCCUACAGGGCGGAGACGGCCAAAGUCCGUGACCGCGCCGAGUGAAGACAUUCCAGAGGCCGAGCCGGCUGUGCAGGAGAUUGUCGAGGAAACAAUCAUCCAGGAGGAAGCCCCAGAACCCGUUUCUGUGUCCCCUACGAAGCGAAGGCAAUCUUCUCUGCGGACAUCACAGGGUUCGCCGUUGAAGAGGAUAUCUGAAGGUGAAAAUGAAAAAGCUGGCAGCGAGCCCGAGCUGCGGCGCAGACUCGGUGACCUCACCAAGAAACACGAUACUCUAGAGAAUCGUUACCGUAACCUGAGAGACAUUGGUAUUGUCGAGGCGAACGCUAACAUGGAGAAGCUGAAGAAGCAGUGCGAAAGAAUGACAACUGCCUCGAACAACUUAGUGAGCUCCUUGAAAGCCGAACUGGAGGCUCAGAAGGCUUUAGGCCAGAAAAGCCGCUCCCUUCAGAAGGGGCUACACGAGCGAGAGGCAGAAGUAGAUCAGUUGAAGUCUGACGCUGAGCAGUCGGCCAGCCAACUCGCCGCCGCGCAGACCGAAGUUAAAGCGCUGCAGACUAAGCUUGCUGCUGCCCGGAACACGACUGCGACGCUUGAACAGGCGGCGGUGAAGGCUCCUGGUAGUGCCAUCAAGGGCGGUGGUGCCAACCGAGCGACUGCGGCGGCCUCGGCCGAAGCUGCGCACGCGGCACAAUUUGCGCAGCUGAAGGAGGAUCUUUAUAGCGAUCUAACUGGUCUUAUCAUCCGCGAUGUGAAGAAGCGGGAAGAAGACAGUCUAUAUGACUGUAUUCAGACGGGUGGCAAUGGGACGCUUCAUUUCAAGCUUGUUGUUCCUCAUGCAACGUCGGCAGACUUCGAGACCGCGGAGUUCCAGUACAUCCCUCUUUUGGAUGAGAGCCGAGACCGGGAUCUGGUUGCCAUUCUUCCCGAAUAUCUUACUGUGGAUAUCACUUUUGUCCGUCAACAGGCCUCCAAGUUUUAUACACGCGUUAUCGACGUACUCACAAGGCGACGGGCAAGCCAGGGCAACUGA